AAAAAAAAAUCUAUUUACAAAAAAUGUUAAUUAAAAAAAAUUAUUUAAAUGUAUUGUAACAUUUAAAAAAAAGGGGAGUUUAUAAACAAUGUGUGUGUACGUUUUUUUUAUCAAUAUAUAUACAUACAUAAGUACCCCGUUCUGAUAACGUUAUCACACGUGUUCCAAGUGCAUCUUUUUUCAAAAAAAAAAAAUAAAAAAAGGAACAAUUAAAUUUUUUUUUUCUUCAAAUUUGUGAUUGAUGAAAGAAGAGAGAGAGAGAGAGAGAGAGAGAAAAAAAAAGGGUUCAAUGAUUUUUCAUGAGACAUUAUGGAUAUAAUACGUUGUUGUUAAAUUCGACCGGAAGUUUAAAUAAAUGGCGUGGAGAGAACAAUAGUGUGCAAAGAUCUUUUGAAUUCUACAGUAGUGUGUUGCACAAUUAACCUUGUUUUGCCUCAUCCUUGAAGUCAAUUUGAUGUUGAGUCAUGUUACGGGACGUUCAGUUUCUUGAAAAGAUACUUUUUGUCAUGUGAUUUAAUCCUGUUGCUGAGGAAUUUUCAUAUUGAAAAGAAAAAAGAAUACAAAAAGAAAAAAAAAUGGGCAAACUUCUCAGUCUUUUGGCUCGGGAUGAAUCGACUUGCUGCACUCCGCAAAAAUACGAUGUCUUCUUAGAUUUUGAAAAUGCUCAACCAUCGGAAAACGAGAGAGAAAUCUUUGAAACGGUGCAAAGAGUUUUAAAAAAUUCCGAAUCAAUUUUAGAAGACAUUCAAUGUUAUAAAGGAGCUGGAAAGGAAAUAAGAGAAGCCAUUUCGGCACCAACUGAAGAAUGUCAACGAAAGGCUUAUCUAACAGUAGCACCAUUGGUAGCGAAACUCAAAAGAUUUUACGAAUUUUCCCUCGAACUUGAGGGUGUUGUUCCAAAAAUUUUGGGUCAACUUUGUUCGGGUAAUAUGUCACCAACUCAACAUUUAGAAACUCAACAAGCACUUGUUAAGCAGCUUGCUGAAAUUUUGGAAUUUGUAUUAAAAUUCGAUGAACACAAAAUGAAAACGCCAGCAAUACAAAAUGAUUUUAGUUAUUAUCGAAGAACAUUAACGAGGGCAUCAUUGUCACAUCAGGGUAGCACUGAGAAAGAUCUUGUUGUUGGCAAUGAAUUAGCAAAUCGUAUGUCAUUAUUUUAUGCACACGCAACACCAAUGCUACGAGUUCUCAGUCAUGCAACAAUUGCUUUUCUAAUGAUGAACAACGACAUACCGAGAGAGAAUAUUACUGAAACAUUGGGUACAAUGGCCAAAGUGUGUCUUAGAAUGCUAGAAAAUCCUAACUUAUUGGCUCAAUUUCAACGUGAGGAAACGCAACUCUUUGUUCUGAGGGUGAUGGUUGGACUUGUCAUUUUGUAUGAUCAUGUUCAUCCCCAAGGAGCAUUUGUUAAGGGAUCAAAUGUUGACGUGAAAGGCUGUGUAAAAUUAUUAAAGGACCAACCGCCUUGUAAAAGUGAGGGUCUUUUAAAUGCACUGCGUUACACAACGAAACAUCUAAACGAAGUGAAUACCCCAAAAAAUAUAAAAAACUUAUUAGCAGCAUGAUUACCAAAGCAACGUGGCUGCUGUAUUAGAAGUUAAAAGCAAAAUGCAGUAAGUAAAAAGAAAAAAAAAAAUAUAUUGUCGCCGAAAGAAAAUUUUGAAGGUUUUUUUUUUUAUUUUUAUUAUUAUUAUUAUUUAAUUUAGAGUACUGCGCAAUCAGUUGUUGAUUUUGACGAAAAAAGAGCAAUGCAAAAUCCAUGACUAUUAUAUGCAAGGAAUUGGAAUUUUGAUACCAUGAGGUAGAAAUUCGAAUCUGUUAUUUCCAUUUUCGCUGCUAUUACUGCAAUAUUCAUAUAUAAAUAUUCUUACAAAUAAUUUUUUUUCUUUCAUUUAUUAUUAUUUUCUCUAAGAUUAUGCACUGUUCCAUGACAAUCAAUAAAUCAAUCGUAAUUAAAAAAAAAACAAAUUUCGAUCCAUUACAUUAUAAUUAUUUUCUUGUUGGAGAAAAAAA